AUAGACACAAAAUUGCUACAAAAGUUUCCGCGUGUUUCCUUCCCGCGCACAUCGUGCUAGGUGGAAGUUGGUCAUGGUCGUCCGACAAACGGAAAGCCGCCAUGAUGGCUUUCUGUAAAGUACGCCCAAUAUGUAAAGUUUCGUUACGGUUUUUCAUUAAUUGUGACUGAGUGCGUACAAAAAUUAACCAUGGGAACGAACUAGAGUGUGUUAAGUUCAGUUUACGGUCCUUUAGGACCUCCUGGAGGAGCUAUAAAGUGUUUUAUGUGUGCAUUUUUGUGUCGACGCUAGCGUGUUUUGUUCUGUCAACAAAAUGUCGAAGCUCUCGUUUAGGGCGAGGGCCCUGGAUGCGUCGAAGCCAAUGCCCAUAUAUCUCGCCGAGGAGCUUCCGGAUUUACCGGACUACUCGGCGAUUAAUCGUGCAGUACCUCAAAUGCCCUCUGGAAUGGAAAAAGAGGAGGAAUGUGAGCACCACCUCCAGAGGGCGAUAUGCACGGGGCUCAUCAUACCCACGCCGGAAGUAUGCGACGUCCAGGACCUCGAGUUCUACGAGCGGUGCUACCCGCCCGACUACAAGAUGCCCAAACAGCACAUACACAUGCAGCCGCUAUGGCAGGAGCAAGAGGCGCCGGAGUACGACAUCGACUCCGAGGACGAGCGGUGGCUGAAGCAGCAGAGGCAUCCGGAGCUCACAGAAUUAAUGUUCGAACAAAUGAUGGACAAGCUAGAAAAGAGCUCCGGACAGACUGUGGUGACGCUGAACGAGGCCAAGCUCCUGCUGGAGAGGCACGACGACCUGGUCAUCGCCGUCUACGACUACUGGCUCAACAAGAGGCUCAAGACUCAACACCCUCUGAUCCUGUCGGUGAAGACUGAGAGCCGGCCGGGCCAGUCGUCCAACAACCCCUACCUCGCCUUCCGACGCCGCACCGAGAAGAUGCAGACCAGGAAGAACAGGAAAAACGACGAGAGCUCGUACGAAAAGAUGCUCAAGCUACGGCGAGAGCUCGCGCGGGCGCUGUCGCUCCUGGAGAUGGUCGCGCGGCGGGAGAAGGCCAAGCGGGAUCUGCUCCGGCUGACGGCCGCCAUCGCUGAGCGGAGGUACCACGCGGGAGACUUCACCGAGCCUCAGCCCAGGAUGGUCGCGCGGCGGGAGAAGGCCAAGCGGGAUCUGCUCCGGCUGACGGCCGCCAUCGCUGAGCGGAGGUACCACGCGGGAGACUUCACCGAGCCACAGCCCAGGGUGGUGGUGGGCAGCGCGGCGCCGGCGCGGCGCGUGGAGUUCCCGCACUACCCGCCGCGCGCGCCCGACCCGCACCCGCACCCGCACCUGCACCCGCACCAGCCCAGACAGCGGGAAAAGCGACCGUACAAGAGACGGAAACACAGGCACCACGCGCCCGCCGCCGUCGCCGGUUUCCGAGAGCCGGCGUUCGCGUCGUCCUCGGAGGAGGAGUCGGCGCGGCUGGACGCGGCCACGCCUCCCGACGACGGACCCUUCGCCUUCCGCAGGAAACCCGGCUGCUUCUACGAGCUGCCAACCUCGACGCUCAGCGGCGACCCCGUGGAUCCGGACAACAAGGACGGGCUCUUCGAGCACGAACUCGACGAAAGGCAUAGGUUCAACCUCACGUGGGUGUCGGAGCCGGCGCGGCGCUGCGUGGGGUUCGCGCGGCUGCGGCGCGGGCGCGGCGGCCGGCUCGCGCUGGACCGGGUGCGGCACCCGCUCGACGACCUCUGGAGCGAACUGCCGCCGCCGCCGCACCACACGGAGCUGGCGGAAGAGGUGGACCUCGAAACAAAAGUGCACAGAACGCCCAAAGAAAUCAGCCGCGACUACCACGCUACCGGCAAGUACCCGUGGCGGCACGCGUUCCGCAACCACCUCCGCCGCAACCCCCACCUCUGGCUCAAGGACGAGCCCGACCUCAAGGCCGUUGACCUCAGGGACCUCGACCUCGACCUCGGGGUCAAGUGCAAAGUGGAGCCGGAGCUCAAAAGUGAUAUUAGUGUUAGGACUAUAGAUACUGUAGACAGUGAAGUGAGAAAACGCGCGUGGAGUACUAGCGAAGACAGCGAUAGCAGUCUGCAGCCCGUCGAACAGGAGUUUGAGAAGUUUAUCGAUGAGGUUAAUAAGAAAUGGUUACACUUCCGACCAAAAACGCCGCCCCCCUCCCCGGCGCACGCGCCGCCCGCCGACUCGGUGCCCGUGCAGCCCGACACGCCGCUGCGCGUGGAGCUGCGCCAACACGGAGCCCCCGCCUUCACCACCGACCACUUCACGCUCGCAGACCUCAUGCCCGAGCUGGGAGACCUUCACAAGGACCCAGGACUAUCGGAAGAGCAAGGCUCGAGCCUCCCCUCGGAGUCGGAGCUGAGAGCGGGCGCUCGCUCGGGGCGGGCUGGGGCUCGGGGGCCUUUUUUAUCCCUCGGGCGGGGCCCGGCGGCGCGGGGCCCCGCGCUCGGCUGCAGCGCCGUGCGCGUCACGCACGACACGCACCCUAUCUACAUGGAUAGACCCGCGCCGAUCCCGGCCCCGGUGGUGGCGCCCGACCCCGUGCCGGCGUGCCGCCUCAUCGUCGAGGAAGUCAACGAGGUGCCGCAGAUAAAACUAGAAAAGAAGAAAAAGGACGACACGAUAGAGGAGAUCCCGCUGGGCCACGGCGUGCAGCUGAAGACGGUUCAGACGAAGCACUCGCCCCUGAAGAAGCACAUCAUCACGUCCGCGCACCGGCGCGCCGACCACGAGCCGCAGAUCCGCGCACAGGUCACCGACACGCUCAAGGUGCGGCUGCAGAACCACCUCCUGGCGUCGCAGGCCAGCGUGGUGAGCAGCGGCGCCACGGUGGUAGGGCUCGUGCAGAACGGACCCUUCACCGCCGUCCCGUCGCAGCCAGGUCCGUUUCUCUACAUUUCCUUCUUAGGCGGCGUGGUGACCUCCGUGGCGGUGUCGGUCGCUGGCGCGGGCACGUCUUCCCCGCGACGCGGCGCGCCGCUCGUCCCGCUGGGCGGGCGCGGCGGGCUGCUGGCGGCGCCGGUCGUCGUGGGCACAGUGGGCGGCGUGGGCGUGGGCGUGGGCGCGGUCGGCGUGGGCGUGGGCGCGCAGAACAAGCUCAAGGUGCUUCACGCGCACCCGCUCACGCACGAGCAGCGCGCGCAGCUGCUACAGGCGCGCGCGCACGGCAUCACGCCCCUACCGGCGGUGGUAUCGCUGGCGACGCUCGAGGCCAAGUCGAGCAGCACGGCGGCCAUCUUGAAGGCGGCGCCGGGCUCAGUGGCGCAGUUCUUCGAGAUCAAGGGCGGGCAGCUCGGCAAGGGGCCGCACCUGGUCAACGUGGUGCGCCAGCCGCCGCCCAAGCCCGCCCACGGCGCCGACAAGAAGCCGAGGCAGGUCGUCGCCGCCAUCGACCACCAGGCGCUCAAAGGCGGCGUGACGGCGGCGGCGGCGCGCGGGCGCGUGUCGCUGUCGCUGGACGGGCGGCAGCUGGUGCGCGCCGCGCUGCCCGCCGCGCGCGGCGCCGCGCCGCAGCUGCUGCGCCACCAGAUACAGCUCAAGCACCGCCGCGACCACCAGCCCACCAUCUCCAUAGCGGCGCCGACAAAGACGGCGUCCAUCCCGUCGUCCGUGGUGGCCAACCUGCUGCAGAAGAACGUCUCGCUCGGCGCGCCGCGCCUCUCGCUCCCGCAGGCGGCGGGCGUGCAGGCCAUCGCCUUCUCCGCCGCGCAGCUCAAGGCCAGGCAGGCGAGGCUGGUGCCGGCCCGGACACAGCCCAGACCGGAGCUGGCGGAGACUGCGGCGACGUCGAGCGCGGCGCCGGCGACGGACGAGGACACGCCCAACGGCAACGUGCGCCGCCGCGCGCAGGACACGCCCAUGGAGGUACUUCUACUAGUGAUGUACCGACUAUAG